UACAUGGGACGCAAACGUGCGGCAACGCGUUUGCGUACUGUGUGUAACCGGCCUUAGGAGGACGAAGGAGCCGUUACUUACGUUACCUAACCCUAAAUUUAACAAGUCUCGAAACUUUUUCAAAACAUUUACCAACAAAAAAUUCAACGAAACGCCCGAGUGGCUCGAACCAAUAUUUAGUUUUUAUCGCGAGAAAUUUUAAGGAAGGUGUUUUAAUAAAAAUUUAUCGCGGAAAAUGAAUGCACCGCCGACUUUUGAAUCAUUUUUGUUAUACGAAGGAGAGAAGAAGAUAAUAAAGGAACAAGACACCAAAGUACCUAAUGCCGCUAUCUUUACAGUCAACAAAGAGGACCAUACACUAGGAAACAUGAUCCGCAAUCAAUUGCUUAAAGAUCCUCAAGUGUUGUUUGCUGGUUACAAAGUUCCACAUCCACUGGAACACAAGUUUGUUAUUAGAAUACAAACCACAUCCGAUUAUACACCACACGAAGCAUUUAUGCAUGCUAUCACAGAUUUAAUUGCAGAACUCUCUUUGUUUGAGGAACGUUUUAAGGAGGCUAUCAAGGAGAAGAAGGAAGGUUUAGAUUAAAUAAAUAUAUUUGAUUGAGAUCUGUGCGUGUGGUAUGUGUGUGUGUGGUGUGUGUACAUAUAUACAUAUAUAUAUAUAUUGUAAUUGUAUUUUACCUAAAUUUGACAUUACCUGAUUUUGAUGAAGUUUAUCACAGUUUCUCUAGCUAUGUGAUGGAAAGAAUGUAUGCUGUAUGCUCUACGAUAUUACAGAUAAAAACAGUUGUAAAAGUAAUUUUGUCAUUUGCUGGAGGUAAAUGUGAAUAAGUGGAAAUUUUGAGUAACAUGCAAAUAUAUUUGGCAACACCAUGUCCCAAGUCAUAAGACUUUGAAUUAACUUUGUACACUGGUGAAUAUGAUAUUUCUAUGCAUUACUGAAUGCGUUGCUUAUAUUUUUGUCAAUGUCUUAAAUUUUAUAACGCUAAUUUUCACGUGCUAUUUCAUUUAUCCAAAGAAUCUGUUACCGCAGUGCUAGUAAAAAUCGAGCAACUUGU